UGGGUGAACUAAACCUAAAAAUGAAAUUUGCUCCUGCUCCCAACCUAUAUUUACCCAACAGAGGCUUGCGAAGAUAUAAUUAACCACUGGACUGCGAAUGUUAUUCAGGAUACACCCAGGGGACUGAUCAACGGCUCGUUGUGCGGCAUUGACAUUUCAGUGGAUCAGCCCAAGCUCAAGUACUAUAUCCCCUUGACUGAACUCACUGCAAACUGUACCCAAGGUACUGGAGGCAAGACAUGCAAUCGUGCGUCGGAUGGUGCAUCGUGCUCAUAUGCGAACGGGGCGUAUUGCUACGCCUCACCCAUGUGUGCCAAGUCCCCCCCCCAAGGGAGCCAGUUGGUGUCUCAGACCGUGUAAAAGAUUUGUCCGUCUUGGCUCGGACCCUACAGGGGUCUAGAAUGGAUCAACUGCCUUCCGCAGCCAGUAAAGUGUUAUAUAGACGUCGAAUAAAAAGCGAAGUCCAUUUCCCAGGUUAUGGAGUCGUAUCGAAAACCCGAACGGAGAGCGAUCAAGAGUUCGAUAUGUAUCGGUGCUCAGGUAGGUGAAACGAGAGUCGGUUAGGAGUGAUGGAGAAAUGCUCCCUGAAAAGGGGGGGCUGGGAAGUCUCGCUCGCGGACUUGGUCAAACCGAGACCGGGGAUAGAACAGCCUAGUCAGCCAUCUAAUGACGGCCUGUAGUGUUGAUGUGGCAGCCCGACGCCACACGAGGACAAAGGGGAGGCGGAGCUGCAGGCAAAGCGUUGCCGUGUGGCAAACCCUUAGUCGCACAAAGCGCCGGAGGCGCUAGUUUCACCUUUGUUAUCCGCUUUGUUGUAUAGUUAGAUAGACAUAAAAGAGCGAGGA